GUGAACUAUCUUUAGAGAUAGCCGCCGCCGUUUUUCUCCGGUUCAGUACGAAAAAAAGAAUUGACAAUUCCAAUUUUUUUCGCACGGAGAAAAUGUGAAAAAUUCGCGUUUUAUUUUCCUGGAAAAGUGCUUGAAAAGUCAGAAAAGUGUACAAUUAAAGUUCCAGAUCAUGGCUCUCAAUAUUGCACUGCCUCUGUCAGUUGUGGGUGAAUUCAUGGAUUCACUGGAUAUUCUAUCCUCACCAGAAGAACCCCCAGCUAAGUUGCUCAUUUCCCCCAUAUCAAGUGAAUCAAGUGGAAUUAGUUCCAUGGGAUCUUCUGAUGAAAUCAAGAAAUCUCCAGAGAAACAACAAACGACGACGUAUCAAGACUGCAAAAUAAUGUACGGUGGACGCAAUAUAAUUGACAUGGGCUCAAAUUUGACAAAUGGAUCUCUCAAGAUCCGUUUCACCGAGUUGCCUGAAAAUAACUUUCCAAUGUUCCUAUCGAAUCGCUCUCAGUACCACCGUCUGGGUGCACAUGGACACAUUCAAGAGUACACAUUAAUACGCUGCAGUUGCUGUGGCCUCAUGAUACCUGAUCAACCGGAACUUGUGCCAAUUCCUGGACCAAAUUCAAUCUGUCGCGCCAUAAUUGCCGCCCAAAUGAAACUUUUGGGUACACAAACUACGAAUACUAAUCUAAACAACGAUGCACGCAUUUACAGUAAUACCAACAACAGCAACAGCUGCGGACUUGCAACAACAACAAAUGGGCACAUCAACAACGCUGGUGUUGUCGUCCAAAAUGCUCUCAUGUACCGGCAGUCUUAUACCCAGAAUAGCAAUGCCCAUUUCAAGUACUACAGCAACAACAACAAUUGCCAGGCAAUCAUGUAAGCCCCAUGUUGAUUUUUUUUAAACAUUUAAGUCCAGACAACUUGCGCGCAAGUAAUUUAUUUUGACUGAACUUUGGAUAACAAUUUAAUUAAGGUAUAUUGUACCCUCUUUUUUCUCUUCAAAAAAAUCCUUUAACGUCCUCGAGUAAAAUCAUCCUUAAUUAUUGAUCAUUAAACACAACCACUUAAUAUUUUGCAAAGAAAACAAACAAAAACCCUAAACGCACAUAAAUUGUAUUGGAUAGUGCCACCUUUUACUCGGGUAAAUAUUUUUUUUUAAAAAGAAAUUGUGUUUAAAAGAAAAAGGAUUAGAGGGAUGUAAAAGAGUUAAAAGGUUAUUAUUUAUAUAAUGUAAUAUUAUUAUCGAUUGAUUGUCUCCACCACCUCCGUUGUGCUUAUACUGUGUUCCUAUUAGAAAAUAAAUAUUUGUAUAUUUUAAUUUAAAAAAAAAAACCUCACAGAUGCCUCACUGUUGCAUCUCUUGCUCAACAUUUAUUAUUAUUAUUAUUAUUGAAUAUUCUGUUUUGUUGUUAAAGUCACACACACACAUUAGAGGAUACAUACAUAUAAUUACGUUAAAAGUGGUAGUUAAAAAAAAGGUUUCACUAUAAAACUAAAAAAAAAAGAGAAUAUAAAAUGUCCAAAUUAAUCAUGCGUAAAAAUACAAUCAAGGUAUAGGCUAAAAGAAUAAUUUAGGAGAAGAAGAAGAAAAAAACACUCAAGAACCACUUUUACACCAAAAAAAAUUAAUAAAGUUCUAGUUUAUCUUGUUUAUUCACAAGAAUUUUAAAGGGGGAAAGAGAAACAUUUUUUUUAAUAUUAUAUAUUAGAUAUACUCAAUACACGCUUAUAAUUUGUUUUUAUUCUUUAAUUUUUAAAUUUCAAUAAAUUCCCAUCAUUAGUUUUUUUUUUAUUAA